AUGAAAGAGUUUAAAUCUGUACAAAGAUUGCCGAUCCUAGAGCAUUGUAUUAAGAGGUACGUGCAACCACCGAGAGAGAAAUCUUAUGCCCCAGAAAAAUUUUACUGUCCUCCGACGAAACCCAUUGAUGCUAAAACAACUUAUCAUCUAUCAUACUUGAAUGUUGACCGAGCAACAGCUGGUCAUGCUAAAACGCGAGCUUUCAAGCCUGUUCACUCAUUGGACACAUCUACCGGAAAAAUUUCAGAUGAAACAACAAAUCGUAUGAGCUUUCGUGCCAAUUGGGGUAUUUGCAAAGCUAAAGCAUAUACGCCUACACGCAGGACUCAAGCAGGGCAGGGUCCAAUGCAAUGUACCACAACUGCACGUCACGACUAUGUACCAAAAUAUGUUCAGAGAAUGGAUUUACUGAAACCCUGUAAUAAUAUCCGCACAAGUACAGGAGUGCUCGAAGAUAAGACCACUGCAGGUCUAUCGUACAUGAACCCAGGUCCUACAGGGCCAGUGGUUAGCUACAAACCACAAGGGCGCUAUCGUCCCCCAGAAAAGAGUAUAGAAAAACAUACUACACAGAAGCUAAGUUAUCAGCCAUUUAGAGUAGAAAAGAAAGAGAUCUAUCCUUGGAAACUUAAGCCAGUGUACAGGUGGAUAUUGUUUCGGCAAUAAACAAAGUUCUUAGACUAUAUCAGAGCACAGUUGAAAAUUAAUCAAUCUUAAAUAAAAAGGCCACCGAAUGCAUCAAUGGAAGGUGCAACAACAUACUCAAAGAGUUAUCUUCAAAAUGAAAAUUUAACUCGGGAACAGCCUUUAAAGCCUACAAGUGAUAGUACCAUAUUUCCUGAGGGUGCUGAGUUUACUGGUAAAACUAUUUAUGGUGAAAGUUUUCUAGCUUGUGACAUUGAAAGGCCAGUUCCAAUUCGUCCAUGUAGCAAUAUUACUGUAUCAGAUCAAAAAAUGUCUGGUUAUACUACUAAUAAGGUACCAAAGUUAAUUUCUUCUAGUAUUAUAAAAAGAAAAACCAAUAAGCAAAAAACACUUCAUUACUGUAUCCUUCUUUUUAUUAUUCAUAUAGUUGAGCUACUUACCAGUGUGCGCCGAAAAAAGGGGACUCAUAGUACCCAGUCGUAGAAAUAUGAUGGGUGAUGGACCCAUGGAAUCCGUAACGACAAAUCGUCAUGAUUUUGUACCAAAAAUUGUCCCUCGACCCGAUCUAGUUAUUCCCUGUGAUAAUAUUCACUCGUCUAACCAGCCUCUGGAAGAUCGGACUACAGCUACUUUGUCAUACAUGAAUCCAGGGCCGAUAGACCCAAUCACAAGUUAUAAACCAUUGAGUCAAUAUUGCAGGUAAUGUGAAUUACAAUUAGCUACAAUCAUAGGAAGUUUAAGAAUAACUAUUUACAGUUUUUUUCCAAAGAUAAUUAUUUUCAUUUAAUCCAUACAAUCCAGUUACUUAAUGUUCGUGUAACUUGCAAAUGUUACCAAGUUUAAUUUCAGAAAUAGUAAAUGUUGUUACAAGAUUGGAAAAUUAGAAAUAAUCAUUACCAAUGGUGUAGUCGUGUUAGCAUUAUUCGUAAAAUACAUAGUCAUACAGAAUAGUCGACAACUAAAAUGAUUUUCAUAUUUUUUUUUUCAAAUAACUGUGUUAAAUUGGUCAAAACUAUGAAAUAUUUUGAAUUAAUAUUCAUAAAUAUCGGUGUACGAAAACUAAUUUUCAAUUUUUUUUUUUUUUUUUUUUUUUAGGAAUUA